GGGGCGCCCCCUAGCGGAAACGGGAAGCGGCAGGGCCUGGCCGUGAGGGGGGGGCGGAACCGGGAACGGAACCGGGAACGGAACCGGGAACCGGGAUCGGAACCGGGAUCGGAACCGGGGGGGCCUCGGGCCGGUACCGCCAUGAUCCGCUUCAUCCUGAUCCAGAACCGGGCGGGGAAGACGCGCCUGGCCAAGUGGUACAUGCAGUUCGACGAUGACGAGAAGCAGAAACUGAUCGAGGAGGUUCACGCCGUGGUCACCGUCAGGGACGCCAAGCACACCAACUUUGUCGAGUUCCGCAAUUUCAAGAUCAUUUACCGCCGCUAUGCCGGGCUCUAUUUCUGCAUCUGCGUCGACGUCACCGACAACAACCUGGCCUACCUGGAGGCCAUCCACAACUUCGUCGAGGUGCUCAAUGAAUAUUUCCACAACGUCUGCGAGCUCGACCUCGUCUUCAACUUCUACAAGGUUUACACGGUGGUGGACGAGAUGUUCCUGGCGGGGGAGAUCCGGGAGACGAGCCAGACCAAGGUGCUGAAGCAGCUGCUGAUGCUGCAGUCCCUGGAGUGACCCAAAAAUCCCCAAAUCCACCCCAAAAAUCCCCAAAUUC